CCCAUGUUGAAUGUUGGAUGCUCGGACUACAAACAGAACAUUGUUCCUCGACGAUCCUUCCAGUCUUAUUUUUUUGUUUUUGGAUGAUGACUCUUGGCUGGUGACUCGACUCUCUAUCCUUGUGACUGGAAUUUGUGUUAUUGUAUCAUAACCCGGCACAGCCAGAGAGGCACGUACACUCCCAACCCUUGAAUUUUUGUUAGCGCAAGACCAAGGCAGACGGAUCUUACACUUAUUUUCAACUUCUCAUAACUUUGGCCUCAUAAACACCAUAACGUUACUUUAAAUUAGAGGAAAGAAGGUAAUUCUUGAAAGAAAAGCUGUAUAAUAACUUCUUUCCCCGGGAAAAAUUGGUGUGGUUGCGCUUUUCGGGGGUGAAAAUAUCGUGAAAUCUCGCGCUAACAAAAAUUUAAAGGGUUGGAGUGUACAUGUAGACAUUUCUACUCCUGAGACUUGCUGGAAGAAAACAUGUAAGUGGCAGUUGCGAUGUGGGUCCUUUUUUUUUAUUAUUAUUAUUUAGUUUGAGCCUCUCAACUCUAAUAACGGUUUUUGCUCCAUCAAUAUGAGGCCAAGAGUCGGGAUGAGGGACCACACCUUUCCUCUGCAAACCCGGGAGGAGCUCGAGUGAGCUAUAUCGACACCAAUCAUCGACACAUAAAUUGAUAUCGAAUUGCGUUUCCAGGGUCCUGGAUUUGGACCCGUGGCGGCUGCUGGGAAAAAUGUCGACCACUGUCAUAGAACCGGCGCUGCCAUGCACAGGUACUUUACACAUGGUGCUUGUGUUGUGGGAUGGAUUGAUGAUACACAGCACCAAAUCGACAUGCUCUUUAAGACCAAGUUGUUGCCCAAAUCAAUGUCUUGAUUCUACAUCUCCGUACUGACGCCAGGAAUGACACCAUAUCGUCAAAAAAGCCAACCCUUGCAGACCGUCUGCCCUCGGUUCUGAUAUCUGGAAGGCAUCAGUCAGAAGCUCACCGCAUAAGCAACAGCGGUACACAACAGGAGGAUCGUGACUGAGACUAACUGUUAGAGACUGGCCGCCAUGACGCUCUCGAGACUGGCCCAACGGGUCCCGACUCCGGUCCUGACUGGCUCCUGCUCCACGAACAAAGCACGCCAGCGGCUUAUCAGCAGCCGUUUGAGAAUCGAGUCAGUGGAUGGCCACAAGCUCGUCAGCACGUAUAUGCCCGAGUUUCGGCGGUGUUCCUCGGCUCAGCCUGACGACCGCCACUCCGCUGCCCCGCGUUCGGCACCCCGCCAGGCCCAGUCACCGUCACCCGUUAAGGUCGCCCACGCCCACGCCCAACGCCUACGCCUCGGUCUCGGUCUCGCCAGGAACCACACCACCGCUCUCUUGCACUCUGCAUCUGCACAACCAAACUCAUUCCUUGCUCACAGGGCCUUUUCCAGCUCGUCAGCAGCCAUGGUGGCCCAAAAGAUUGACGGAACGGCCGUGGCCAAGCGGGUGCGCGAACAGCUCAAGGCUGAGAUUGCCGAGAAGAAGGGAAUCAACCCACGCUUUGAACCGUGCUUGAAGAUUAUCCAAGCCACCUAUGUGCGCAUGAAGUUGAAAGCCGCCGAGGAGUGCGGCAUCUCAUGUGAACUCAUCAAGUUUGACGAAUCGGCCACCGAGGCCGAGAUCGUUGCUCGUGUUCAUGCUCUUAACAAUGACCCAACCGUCCACGGCAUCUUGGUCCAGCUCCCAUUACCAAGCCAUGUUUCUGAGUACGCUGUCACAUCCGCCGUCCUGAGCGAGAAGGAUGUCGACGGCUUCGGCACUUACAACAUCGGUGAGCUGGCCAAGCGUGGUGGUAACCCCUAUUUCGUCCCCUGCACACCCAAGGGUGUCAUGGUCCUUCUCGAGGAAACCGGUGUCGACCUCAAGGGGAAGAACGCCGUAGUUGUUGGCAGAAGUGACAUUGUUGGCAGUCCUGUCAGCUACCUCUUGAAGAACGCAGAUGCCACUGUCACUGUUUGCCACUCCAGGACCAAGGAUCUUGACCAGCACCUCAAGAAUGCCGACGUCGUGGUUGUUGCUAUUGGCAAGGCUGGUUUCAUCAAGGGCGAGCAGCUCAAGGAGGGCGCCGUUGUCAUCGACGUUGGCACCAACUACAUUCCCGACGCUACCAAAAAAUCUGGUCAGCGUCUUGUUGGCGAUGUCGAAUUCGAGUCCGCCUCCCAGGUAGCCUCUCACAUCACACCCGUCCCCGGCGGUGUUGGUCCCAUGACUGUCGCCAUGCUGCUUCACAACGUUGUCGCCUCUGCGACACAGUGGUUUGAUGCCGAGAAGCAGAGGAAGAUUGUGCCCCUGAGCCUUGCUCUCAAGGAGCCAGUCCCAUCAGACAUCGCCAUCUCGCGGGCUCAAGCGCCCAAGCACGUUACUCAGAUCGCCAAGGAGAUUGGCAUUUCAAACUCGGAGCUCGAACCAUAUGGUGCCUACAAAGCCAAGGUCGACCUCACUCUUCUCAAGCGCUUGGAUCAUCGCCGAAAUGGUCGCUACGUUGUUGUUACCGGUAUCACCCCCACUCCUCUCGGUGAGGGCAAGUCUACCACCACCAUGGGUCUUGCUCAAGCCUUGGGCGCCCAUGUUGGUCGUCUUACUUUUGCCAACGUUCGUCAGCCAAGUCAAGGCCCAACGUUCGGCAUCAAGGGCGGUGCUGCCGGCGGUGGUUACAGUCAGGUCAUUCCCAUGGACGAGUUCAACAUGCAUUUGACUGGUGAUAUCCACGCUAUCACCGCUGCUAACAACCUCCUCGCCGCUGCUAUUGAUACCCGCAUGUUCCACGAGAGCACUCAGAAGGAUUCCGCCCUCUACAGACGACUGGUCCCGGUCAAGAACGGCAAGAGACAGUUCUCGCCUGUCAUGUUCCGCCGCCUGAAGAAGCUCGGCAUUGACAAGACCAACCCUGAUGAUCUUACCGAGGAGGAAAUCGGCAAGUUCGCCCGCCUUGAUAUCGACCCAGAGACUAUCACUUGGAGACGCGUCUUGGACGUCAACGACAGACAUCUCCGCGGCAUCACUAUCGGCACUGCUGCCACCGAGAAGGGCCAUAGCCGCCAGACCGGCUUCGACAUUUCGGUCGCCAGUGAGUGCAUGGCCAUUCUCGCUCUCAGCACUGACCUCGCCGACAUGCGCGAGCGUCUCGGCAGAAUGGUCGUUGCCAGCUCCAGAAGCGGCGACCCCGUCACGGCCGACGACCUCGGUGCCGGUGGUGCUCUUACCGCCCUCAUGAAGGAUGCCAUUAAGCCGAACCUGAUGCAGAGUUUGGAAGGCACACCCGUAUUCGUCCACGCUGGCCCCUUCGCCAACAUCUCCAUCGGCAACAGCUCCAUCCUCGCCGAUAAGAUGGCCCUCAAGCUCGCGGGUACCGAGCCCGACGAGGACCACUCCACCAAGGCCGGUUUUGUCAUCACCGAAGCCGGCUUUGACUUCACCAUGGGUGGCGAGCGCUUCUUCAACAUCAAGUGCCGCACCUCCGGCCUCGUCCCCGACGUCGUCGUCGUCGUCGCCACCAUCCGCGCCCUUAAGGUUCACGGCGGCGGGCCCCCCAUCUCCCCCGGUGCUCCCCUCAGCCCCGUCUACAAGGAGGAAAACGUCGAGAUCCUCCGUGCCGGCUGCGUCAACCUUGCCAAGCACAUCGCCAACGCCAAGUCCUACGGCGUGCCCGUCGUCAUCGCCAGGGAGAUGUACGGCGCCUCGUCAGUCGAAUUCACCGAGCUGGCCCAGAAGAAGGUCGAGACGUACACCAGACAGGGUUUCGGGAACCUGCCUAUUUGCAUUGCCAAGACGCAGUAUUCCAUCAGUCAUGACCCUGAGCUCAAGGGCGCGCCGACGGGCUUUACCGUGCCGGUUCGGGAUGUGAGGAUGGCGGCGGGCGCUGGGUACUUGUAUGCGCUGGCGGCCGAUAUUCAGACGAUUCCUGGGUUGCCGACUGCGCCUGGGUAUUUGAAUGUGGAUGUUGAUUUGGAGACGGGGGAGAUUGAUGGGUUGUUUUGA